GUCUCCUCACAACAGUGCCUCUGCUCCCCGACACAGAGAGAGAGAGAGAGAGAGAGAGAGAGAGAGCUAACCAAGUUUCACAAUGACAGACUACUCCACCAGCAUGCGGCUGAAACUGCCGGUGGUGUGUAUUGUGUUGGAAGUCAUCCUCAUCAUUCUCUUUGGCCUCGUUGUGGAGUAUAACGAUGACACUGAUGCCAAGAAAUGGGACAAAUACAACAGAACAACCACACAAAACUUGGAGAAUGAAUUCUACGCCCGCUAUCCCAGUUUCCAGGAUGUACAUGUGAUGAUCUUCAUUGGCUUCGGGUUCCUCAUGACAUUCCUGCAGCGUUAUGGCUUUAGCAGUGUUGGCUUCAACUUCCUCAUCGCAGCCUUUUCUCUGCAAUGGGCAACACUCAUGCAGGGCUUCCUUCAUGGCUUACAUCAUGGCAAGAUCCAUGUUGGAGUGGAGAGCAUGAUCAAUGCAGACUUCUGCACUGGCUCAGUGCUGAUCUCAUUUGGGGCUGUGUUGGGCAAGACGAGCCCAGUCCAGAUGCUGAUAAUGGCCAUAUUUGAGGUUGCACUGUUUGCUGUAAAUGAGUACAUCCUUCUCAGUCUUCUUAACGCAAGAGAUGCUGGAGGAUCCAUGACCAUCCAUACAUUUGGGGCAUACUUUGGACUCAUGGUGACACGUGUGCUGUACAGGCCCAACCUGGACAAGAGCAAGCACAGGAACAGCUCUGUGUACCAUUCUGACCUCUUUGCCAUGAUUGGAACCAUCUACUUGUGGAUGUUCUGGCCCAGCUUCAACUCAGCCAUCACUGCUAUAGGAGAUGACCAGCAUCGCACUGCCCUGAACACAUACUACUCACUGGCUGCCUGCACACUUGCCACAUAUGCUUUCUCUGCUCUUGUCAACCACGAAGGAAAACUCGACAUGGUGCAUAUUCAGAACGCUGCAUUGGCAGGUGGUGUUGCUGUAGGAACUGCUGGUGAGAUGAUGCUGACUCCAUUUGGUUCCAUGAUAGUGGGAUUCUUGGCGGGAACAAUCUCAGUGCUGGGGUACAAGUACCUCACACCUGUUUUGGAGUCAAAGCUGAAGAUUCAAGAUACGUGUGGCGUUCAUAACCUACACGGCAUGCCUGGAGUCAUGGGAGCCAUUGUUGGCUCCAUCACUGCUGCAGCAGCAAGCGCUUCAGUAUAUGGCAAUGGGAUGAAAGAGGUGUUUCCUGAAGUUUUCAACAAAAAUUUCACUGCAUCCACUCAGGCUGUAAUGCAAAUCGCCUCGCUGGCUGUCACCCUGGGCAUGGCCUUGAUUGGCGGGCUUAUUGUUGGAUUCAUUUUAAAACUGCCUAUUUACGGAGCCCCACCUGACACUCUCUGCUUUGAGGAUUCAGUCUACUGGGAGGUGCCAGGAGAAGAGGAGGGCCAUGAUGAACUGACUACUGUGAAAUCAGCUGAUGAGUCAGAGAAACUCAGGGGUUAAAUUAUACUCCUGCUUUUGUGAGUGAGUGCUUGUGUGUAUACAUAUAUGUGUGCCUGCGCAUAUGUAGUGACCUGCCUGCCAAAACAUGCAGUAUAUACUCUCAAACCUGAGUAUCUUAGCAACAUUAUCUGUGAUCCACUCAAGAAGUAUGACUUUUGUAUUCAGAAUAUUGUGUGUGGUUUCAACAAUGUUGUCAAGUUGGAAGAAUGUAAACUUUAUUUAGCUUAUUAGAGUAUAUUUCAUUUAAAAAUGUAGACAUAUAUGUGUUUGACUGUAAAAAUUGACCUUUGGAAAAAAAGUAAAAAAAAAAAAAAAAAAAAAAAACACCUGUAUGUGGGGUUAUAUAUAAAGGUUCCACCUGUAUGUAUCAGUAUUCAUGUCAUUGUGGUAAAUGCUGCAUUUUCAGGUAUUAGUCAUCAUGGCCAUCAAGCAAUGUCAAGCGUUUGCAUAAAAUGCUGACUGCUACAGGCAACAUAUAUGGAUUAUAGGCCAAGAUAUCCAGCAACUCUGUGCUAUAAAAAAAAAAAAAGGUAUU